AUGGCUAGAAAACAAGCCAACAAAAAGGAGUCUACCGAGGAGAAGUCAGUGCCAUCAGAUCAACAAUCAGAAAUGACGGCCAAGAACAGUCAGUGGAGAAUCAGCAGCAGCAACAAGAACAAGGGCCCAAGUACCGAAAUCGGCUCCAUUUUGUACACCUUAUUCGGUCUGCUGUCGCAUGAAGAAAAUAGAAAAGUUGCCAUUCCAUUCGCCUUCACUGCUCUCGCUAUGUUCGUGGUACCCAUUAGUGUAUUUUUCGCGGUACAGGCGGCUCUACCGGGGAUGGGUAUUACCGAUGAUAACAAAAUAUUGAGUUACUCUGGUAUCAGUGCGGUCAUUUCUGCCAACAUUAUUAUGGCACUUUAUGCUUUCUAUGCGUACCAGGAAGAAAAACACGACUGGGCGGCUGUUCAGGAGAAGAAAAAGGAUGAUAAGAAAAAGAACUAA